AUGCUAAAGAUGAUCCUACUUCCGCUACUCCUAUAUUUGGCAGCUGCCGCUGCCUCCGCUGCCCGAAUCAGAUCCCUCACGCACAGCGGCCCUGGCUGUCCCCAAGAUGCCCGAGUGACAUGGUCCGGCGACCUCAGCGACCUGACGAUCACGCUGCCCGACUUUAGCGAGUCUCUUGCGGCUGGCCAGAUGACGAGCUGCCAGGUUCACUUGCUCGUCGACCAGGGUGAGUCCGGGAAGUCGCUGGUGCUGCAGGACGUUGUCGUCCGCGGCGGGCUCUACUUGAGCCCCAACUCCAAGGUUGACUUUUACACGACGGCAUACUGGAGCGAGACAGCGUCUCAUACGCAGUUCCCGGCCGAAAAUAUCCCGUCCGAACAUUUCCUAGCCAAACAUCUCGUAGCUCAACAUUCCCUCGUCGUCGUCGUCAUCGCCGCCGCUGCCGUCGUCCUCGUUGUCGCUAUUACUACAUGUAUCUUUGUUUCUGGUGUCAUCGUUGUUGCUGUUAUUGUCGUUGCCGCUGCUGGUAUUAUUAUUAUGACUUCUACUUCACAGCAAAUAUAG